AUGGAUCUGUUUGAUGCUCCCUUUUAUUGGGGACGAAUAACGCGACAAGAUGCUGAAGAAAUUCUUGAUCAAUCAGGCUUAAAAAAUGGUCUUUAUCUUAUACGAGAAAAAUUUGAAGAAGCUGGUAGUUAUGCCAUAACAUUAUGUUUUUUCAAACGAUUUUAUCAUUAUCGAAUUGAUCGACUUUUAAAUGAUAAUGUUAUUCUUAAUGGCUCACGUGCUCAAGAAAAAUUUACUUUUUCAAAUAAUGAUAUUCAAUCUAAUGGUCAUGGUCGAUCAACACGAAAUUCUGAACAAAUAGAAUUUCCUGGACCAAUGGAAUUAAUUAAUCAUUUUCAAAAACAUGCUGAACAACUUGUUACAACAUUAUCUAUUCCAUGUCAACGACCAUUUAAUUACAAUUUUAUACAAUUCUGGUGUGUACCAUUGCUGACUCCAGAAUUAUAUAUGAAUAAAAUUUUUCAAGCAGCUUCAAAUACUGAUGAUGAAAUACCAAUUAAAGAUAAAUUAACAUCUAAAAGAUAUAUUUAUGAACGACGAGUAUUAAAAACAUUACAUGAAAGUGAGUUAUGGUUUCAUUCUUGCAUUGGUCGACAGGAAGCAGAAGUUCGUCUUGAAAACGCCGGUAGAAAAAAUGGCCUAUUUCUUGUACGUGAAAAACUAGGUGAUAAACGAUCUCGUGCUGGUUAUUCAUUAAGUUUAUGUUUUCAACAAGAAUAUCAUCAUUAUAUUAUUCAGAAGACGCCAAAUGACUGUUUACAAGUAGCAUCAAGUCAUAAAUCGAGAUGUAUUAAUCAAUUUGGUAGUCUUGCUCAGCUAGUUGAUUUUUAUCAUCGAAAUCAUCAAGAUCUUGCUUGUACUCUUCAAUAUCCAUGUAAUCGUCCUGGUGGAUCGAUACGAAUCGUUCCUUAUCGAACCUUAUUAGACGGUUGUUUAACCUACUUUUAUUUAAAAUAUUUACUUAUGAAAUUUCUAUUUUUAGUUGAUCGAAAUACAGAAUCUGAAAGUAGUAGCACAGAUUUAAGCUCUCCAACAUUACCGAUGUUAAAUGAUCCAAAUAAUACUUCAUCAUUUGAUUUCAAUGUUGCGAAUUCAGCAUCAACAUUUGACUGUGAUAAUAAUCAUGAUUCAUCAUUAAUAGAAAAUGCUUUUAUCGACGAAAAAUAUCUGAUUUUGGGCGAUAAACUUGGUGAAGGUCAAUUUGGUGAAGUGUAUCAUGGUAAAUUGAUUGGAAAUGAUGAAAAUAAUAAUGGUAUAACAAAAUAUACCUUACAACACGUUGCAAUAAAACAAUUACGACAAACACAAAAUUCAUUUAUUCAAGAAUUAUACAAUGAAGGCAAACGUAUGUUGAGUUUAGAUCAUCCUUAUAUUGUUAAAAUAUUUGGUAUAUGUAAACAUGAAAUAACAAUAUCACUUGUACUUGAAUUAUGUCCAUAUGGUGCAAUGAAUCGUUGGCUAAGAUUAAAUAAAACAUUUCGAAUAAGUUAUAUUCUUAAUUAUAUGUAUCAAGUUAGUGAUGGAAUGAAUUAUUUACAUGAAAAAAAUAUAAUUCAUAGAGAUUUAGCAUUAAGAAAUAUACUGAUUAUGUCGAAAACUGUUUGUAAAAUAUCAGAUUUUGGUUUAUCACGUGUUCUUGGAGACAAUAGAUACUAUCAAAUUGGACAAAAUCGCCGAUUACCAUCAAUAUGGUAUCCACCUGAAGUUCUCGAAACACCUUUAUUUCAUUCUCAAGUUGAUAUUUGGUCAUUUGGUAUUACUGUUUGGGAAGCUACAUCCUAUGGUCAAACACCUUAUAAACAAGAACUUGAAGCAAUGCAAGGUAUGCUAUUUGAGUCUAUAUCACAAAAAUUACUCAGAUUUUUACGUAAUGACAAUCGUUUGAAACAACCAUCUAAUUGUCCAAAUCCUAUUUAUGAUUUAAUGCUCAAAUGUUGGGAAUAUGAGUAA